AUGUCAAUAGGGGAAGACGAUGGUGGUGAGCAGCAGCAGCAUCAAGAAGAAGAAGAGAAACAGCUCCCCCCACCAUCCCAGCCUUCCAACGAUACGGACCGGGAUGAUGUCGUCUCCGUAGAGAAAAAAGACAUGAAAGAGUCUCUUGUUGGAGAUGGUGGACCUCCAGCUGAGGAUCCUUCUCCGGUCGAAUCUCCGUCCUCACCGAUAGCACCUGAGGAGUUAGGCAAUACAGUGAGAGAGGCUCAUGCUGAGGUAUCCAAUACUAGUUCCACUGCAGCAGCAGAUGAAUCUCCCGAUACUGUAUCACCCUCCAAUACCAGUGGAAGAGCUCUGAUCGUUGAUAGUGAAGUCUAUGAGCUAAACUCGGCAGGUGUGGAUGGCUUACCCUCAGCCUUACGUCAGGCGAUCGAUAUGUAUCAGAACAUGCUGGCUGAAUAUCCCAGUGACACGAGGAAUGCUGGCCAUGCUCGUGCAGUGUUGAAUACCCUGUUCAGAGCUACAGGCCAACUUGGCCUGCAGGCCGGGAACGAUGUGGAUAUGGAUCAAUCCUCGUCUGCUCUGGUCUUGGCAUCUAUGCUACCAUUGGCUGGGGCUCCACCGUCUAUGGAGGAGCUGAAAUAUAACAGAGCUAUAACUGAUACAUUCCAUUUCUAUGCCCUCAAAAACGUCUAUAUACCACAUAAUCCUAUCGAGGGUGGAACCUUUGAUGUUAUAGAAGCAGCUAGACAUCAAUUAUCACUUGCUGGGAUGUGGAAGUUGUCAAAGGACCUUUCCUUCGUCCCUUAUUUGUUACGUUUGCUGCACCCUAAUAAGGCUAGCAAUGGACCUCGUCUGGCCGCUGCUGAUGGUCAGUGGCCUCUACAAUUAUUGAAGCCUCAGUCGAAGAGAGGUGAUGAUAAUGAUGAUGAUGGAAUGGAAGGACUAAAUGAGAAGGAACGACGUAUUAUGGAUAUGAUAGAUCGUAAUGAAGAUGCCAGAAUUAACCGUGCCCUCCAUCAUGGGUCUAACUAA